CAGAGGCAGCAGAUGUCCAACGGCAGCUCCAUCACCCAGUUCCUCCUCCUGGCAUUUGCAGAUUCUCAGGAGCUGCAGCUCUUGCAUUUCUGGCUCUUCCUGGGCACCUACCUGGCUGCCCUCAUGGCCAACAGUCUCAUCAUCACUGCUGUAGUAUGUGACCACCACCUUCACAGCCCCAUGUACUUCUUCCUCCUGAAUCUCUCUCUCCUCGACCUGGGCUCCAUCUCCACCACUCUCCCCAAAGCCAUGGCAAACUCCCUCUGGGGCACCAGAGGCAUCCUCUAUGCAGGAUGUGCUGCACAGCUAUUUUUCUUCCUCUUUUUGAUCACAGCAGAAUAUUGUCUCCUCACCAUCAUGGCCUAUGACCGCUAUGUGGCCAUCUGCAAACCCCUGCACUACGGGACCCUGUUGAGCAGCAGAAAUUGUGUCUACAUGGCAGCAGCUGCCUGGGCCAGUGGGUUUCUCACUGCUGUGCUGCACACCUCUGAUUUAUUCUCACUUCCAUUCUGCCAUGGUAAUCUUGUGGACCAGUUCUUCUGUGAAGUCCCUCAGAUCCUCAAGCUCUCCUGCUCAGAAAUAGACUAUGUCAGGGAAGUUGGGCUUCUCAUGGUUAGUGCCUGUUUAUUCUUUGGGUGUUUUGUUUUCAUUGUGCUGUCCUACGUGCAGAUCUUCAGGGCCGUGCUGAGGAUCCCCUCUGAGCAGGGACGGCACAAAGCCUUUUCCACGUGCCUCCCUCACCUGGCCGUGGUCUCCCUCUUUGUCAGCACUGGCAUGUUUGCCUACCUGAAGACCCCCUCCAUCUCCUCCCCAUCGCUGGACCUGGUGGUGACAGUUCUGUACUCGGUGGUACCUCCAGUGGUGAACCCCCUCAUCUACAGCAUGAGGAACCAGGAGCUCAAGGGUGCAGUGUCGAAACUGACAAGUGAAUGUUACUCUGAAGCAAGAAACUGCCCUUCUUCUGCACAGCACUUAUAA